AUGUUAGAUGGAUGUUAUAAUUGUCGAUUAUCAUGUCAAUAAUCCUGUUUAACAUGCACAACUAUUGGUUGUACUUCAUGUUAAGUUGGUUUUAAACUUAUAAAUCGUUACUGUAGGAACAUUUGUGGAGAUUCAAUGAUUGUAGAAGGUGAGGAUUGUGAUGAUGGCAAUUAAUAUCCAUUUGAUGGAUGUCAUUAAUGUGUUUAUUAAUGUUAAUCAGAAUGUUUGGAAUGUCUUAAUGGAAUUUGCUUUUUUUGUAUUGAUGGAUUUGAAGCUUUUAAUGGUGAAUGUGUGGAUGUUAGAUAAAUUCCUAUAAUACCUUUUUAAGAAUAAUAUAAAUAAAAUAUAAUUGAAUUUUGUAAAAUAACAAUUUAAGGAAUCUGUUAAGAAUGCCAAUAAGGAUAUUUAUUAAAUAAUCUUUAAAAUAUUUGUGAUUUUUAGAAAAAAAAUGAAAUAGUUAAAAUUUAAAUUAUGGAUGUUUUACCUUAGUUAAUUUAAUAUUGUUAAAUUUAGAUAAAUAAUUAGUGCAUUAUUUGUUAUAAGAAUUUUAAAUUAGAUAUAUUUACUAAUAAAUGUGAACCAAUUUGUGGAGAUGGGAUAAUAUCUGGAACAGAAGAAUGUGAAGAUAAUAAUUAUUUGGUACUUGAUGGAUGUUAUUAAUGCAAGUAUUAAUGUAGUGAAACCUGUGAAAUAUGUGAAUUUGGUAAAUGUAUUUUCUGUUAAAUAAACACAAUUAUUGCUCCAACUACUUUUUAAUGUGAGUACGUAUAAUAAUGCACUUAACCUGGAAGUUAUUAUAAUCAAGAGACUAAUUAAUGUUAUAGUAUUUGUGGAGAUGGUUUUGUAUAUUUGAACGAGGAGUGCGAUGAUGGCAAUGACAUUGAAUAUGAUGGAUGCCAUAAAUGUUAUUAUUCAUGUCAACCAGGUUGUAAAUGCGUUAAAGGUGAAUGUUAUAGAGAGCAAAUUAGUUGUGAAAAUGGAUUAUAUUAUUCAUUUACAAGUUUAUCUUGUAAACCAUUUUGCGGUGAUGGAAUAACUAUAUAACCUUUUGAAGAAUGCGAUGAUGGUAAUGAAAUAUCUGAUGAUGAAUGUAAUUUAUGCAAAUUAUAAUGUGGUGUUAAUUGUUAAACAUGUUCUCCUUAAAAUUAUUGUCUUUAAUGCAAAGAAGGUUAUGAAUUAUUUGAUUUUAAUUGCUAUGAAUAUAAUAAUUCUAAUUGUAAAAUUAAAAAUUGUGAAUUUUGUGAAAAUAAUGAAUGUUUGACUUGCUUUAUUGGAUAUUAACUAUUUGAUAAUAUGUGCUUUUCUUAAUGUGGAGAUGGAGUUUUGAUUGAUCUAGAAUAAUGCGAUGAUGGUAAUCUAAUAAAUGGAGAUGGUUGUGAUGAUGAUUGUACAUAAUCAGAAAAUAGUAUAUGUAGAGACAAUGAAUGUGCUAUUUUAAGUUCUUCAUUUGCUAUAUUAGAAUUUGAAAGAGAACAAUAAGGGGUACAAUUUAUCAGACUUAAAUACUCUUCUAAAAUGAGAUUAAUAGCCGGAGUAACCGAAUAAGAUUAUUUUGAUAGUUUAAAAUUUGAGAUUUAAAACGAGAUUGAUUUAGCAUUGAUUUAAAUUAUAGCAAAAACAAAUAUUACAUAAGAACUUUAAUUUGUAGAUAUUUAAGUAUCUGUUGAAUAUAUUAAAUAUGUUUAAAAUCCUAUUCUUUUAUUAAAAUUUGUUGAUAAAGGCAUUUUAGUUAAUUAGGAUGGAGCUGGGAUAUCAUAAGAUUCAAUAAGUAUAAGACUAUCUUCAUCAAAUAUUUUAAGAGAUUAAGAAUAAAAGGUUAUGACAUCUUUGAUUGGACUUAAUGAUUACAUAAUCAAAUUUGUGGCAAUGACUAUUGCUAUAUCAUCUAUAUCUGGAUAAGGAGAAAUUAUUUCCAAUUUAUUAGAUACUAUAUAAUAACUUUAUUAUUUGAAAUACAUAAAUUCAAGAAUUGGAGUAAAUCUACAAAGAUUUUAUGAGACAUUUAAAAUUAUACAAUUGACAAAUUUUUUUGAUUUUCUUGGAAUGAAUCCUAAUGGUUCAAUGAAGGAUAUUGUAUCUUUUUAUCAUUCUAAACCUAUUUUUGAAAUGGAUGAUAGGAAUGCAAAUUAUUUAAAUAAUUUUGCAUAAUUAUUUUUAGUUUAUGCUAUAUUUUUUCUUGCAUAUUUUUGUUUAAAAAAAGUAACAUUUUAAAUCUUAAAAAAAAUUCAUUAAUUGACAUGUUUUUAAUCUAAUCAAAUUUUAUUACUUAUAGUAAAUUAAAUAUAAAAACUUUGUCUAAGAAUUUAAAUAAUCAGCAUAAUUGAACCAAUUUAAGCUAUAUUUUUAGCAAUGAUUUAUGAAUUUGGUUUAAAUACAUUUUUAGCCUUAAGAUUUCAAAAAUCUGAUUUUGAAGGAAAAUUAGGUGUUUCUAUUGCGAUUUCAAUCCUAUAUGGAGUUAUAAUACUAUUGAUAUAAAUAUCUUCCUUUAGCAUCCCAUUACUUAAAAAACAAUAAAUAUAAUCAUAAAAGAUUAACAGUUUUACUUAUUUGUGUAUGCAAAAAAUGUUAUUUAUUUCAUUUUUAAUUUUCUUUUUUGAAUCCUCUUAAAUACAAAUAUUGUUAUGCCUUUUAAAUGAAUUCUAAUUUAUAUACUUUCUGUAUAUUCGAAAAAUCCUAAUGCUACCUUCAGAAAAUAUUAAAUAAUUAGCAUCUCAUUUUUUAUAAUUUAUUAUUUUAGGGAUGUACUUAGUAAAUGAUUUUUACCAAGAUUAACCAGAUGUUUUAAUAAUCAUAGGUUGGGGUAUUAUCAGUUUAAUGAGCACUAUACUAUUUAUGACUUUAAUAAUUGAUCUAAUUAAAAUUGUUCAUCCAAUUUGGUAAAAAUGCAAAACCUCAAAGACAUCUGAACAUCAUGAUCAUAAAUAAGAAAUCUUUUGUAUAGUUGAGAAUCCUUGCAAUGCUUAAAGGAGAUUUACGAAUUGA